AUGCGCUGCCGCCACACCACCAGCUGCCGCCGCAACACAUGCAACAGCGUCAGCAAUUACAGCAACAUCAACAACACCAACACGCCCCUGUGCAACAACAACAACAACCCCAGCUAUCCUAUGAGCACGGUGAAAACCGUGGUGACUUUGUUGGUAGUCGAGCAACAGCCCAUCAGAGCCCGAAUGUGCGGUUUUGGCGACAAGGAUCGACGACCUAUUACUCCUCCACCUUGCAUCCGCUUGAUUGUCUUGGACAACAAGACGGGCGAGGAGAUUGACCCAAAUGAUGUCGACAGUACUUUCUUCGUUCUCAUGGUCGACCUGUGGCACGAAGACAGUAGUCGUGCUAACGGGUAUGCUCCAAAUCAGCAGCCAAUCCCCUUGUCCAUCCCAGCUCCGACUCUCAACCAGAACCACACGCGGAAUCUCAUUGGAAUGAAUGCUGUCAACGCAUGCCGACUCAACGACCCAGAAGGCAAGCUUGGGUUCUGGUUUGUUCUUCAAGAUCUAUCAGUGCGAACCGAAGGCAACUUCAGACUCAAACUAAGCAUGUGCGACGUGGGCAGCGGGCAAGGCGCCAAUGCCGUUGUUUCGAAUGGCAAAUGUCCCGUACUUGCAACCAGCUUUUCUGAGCCCUUCACUGUCUACUCGGCCAAGAAGUUUCCGGGUGUGAUAGAGUCUACGCCGCUCAGCAAGUGCUUUGCAGGACAGGGUAUCAAGAUCCCUAUCCGCAAAGAUGGUCCCAAGGUCGCGAACCAGGACGAAUUCGAUGCAGAUGAUCAACAAUAAACUAUCAUCCAAAUCGACCCAAACUGAAGAAGCUAUCGUCAGAUAUGUGCUUCCAUAUUCACCUUUGGACGACCCUGUGAUUGCGGACAAGGAAAAAUACGACCCUGUGACCGUGGACACGGAAGAACACGAUGCUGGAAUCAUCAUAAAUCCAGCUCGCCGAGACUCACUCAUGGAACCUCUGUCGCCCAUCUCCAAUCCGCCCGCGGCUCCUGAGUCCGACGCAUGCGAGACAGAUCCAUUUCUCUCUGAUCUGACGCUGUUUACCUCACUCUGGGACUGAUCAACUCUGUAAUUUUUCGACUAUACGCACUAUCUCCAUUCGACUCUUGCGCGGCGUUAUCAGGUUGGCGGCAACGGCGAAAAUCAGGCGAAAAUCAGGCAACGUGUGGCAUUUGCAGAGCGUUGCUGGUCAUUCCUUUUUUUGGUGGGUGUUAUUUCUUCACUUGACAGUAUUGUGUACAUGGGCUGGGUUGGAUGGGGGCGUAGUCUUUAGGUUAGGCAUCAAUUGAGGCGCAUAAGCUCUGUACAUG